UCAAGUGAUCACCGGCAAGAGAUCGUAGCUAGAGCAAUAUAAGAGAAUGAGGAGUGUUUUAGUGAUGAUUGUGUUUGUAACUAUGCUUGUGCUAGUUCUAGCACAAGCUGAUGACUCAUCUUCGAUAACACCAGCACCUUCCCCUUCAACAUUUUCCCUACAACAAGACACUGGUGGCUGUGAUAACUUAUGCGAGUUGAGGUGUUAUCUUAAGAGAGGCAUCCCACAACUUUACCAAUUUUGCAUGCAGCUUUGUAAGCUCACUUGCCCCAUCAGCGGUGGUGGCGGCAGCAGCGGUGGCGGCAGCAGUGGUCAACCAGCACCUACCCCUCCAACCCCUUCCCUAUCGUCAUUUGUCAUCCAUCAUUGUACUUCUGCUUGUGUUGACUCAAUUUCCACCAAGUUAGGCUUAGAUGCAGAGAAAGUUAAAGGAGAUUAUGUGGAAACCUGCGACAACUACUGCAAGAAGAAGUACUAGCAUAUGCUAUGAAUUUACUUGUAAUAAGGCCUUAGAUUCUGUGGCCAUGCUUUGAAUAUUUUCCGUUGUCUUCGGUUUCUUAGUUCUCAAGAAAAGUUGUUACCCCGAGGGCAAUAAUUGUCGAAUGUAUUCCAUUUCCAAUAUUUAUAUAUAUAUAAGAU